AAUAUAAAAGUGCAAAACGUCGAUAUUUUUAAAUCGGUUGAUCACAGUAUAUAUUGACACCAAACCAGGGGCUCUGCUGAGGUAUAAAGCUGUGACACCAUUUAUAAAGUUCCUGCUGAUUGGAUAAUGAAUUCCAAUGAUUCACACAACAGUGCAGGUCCUGGCAGGCCACUUGCUCCAAUAUUUGCCAAGAAAAGACCUAGACAAGCUUUGCUGGCCCAUCCAAACAAUACAGAGUCCCCUAACUCCUUCCAAGGAUCAUACAAAGCAAAAACAAGUGCCCAGGCCUCUCAACAAGCUGUGCAACCAAAGCAACUGAAACAAACGAAACUCAUCGGACAGUCGCAGCAGAUGGGUCAACAAUCACAGAAAGGUCAACCAAUGCAAAUGGGACAACCACAGCAAAUUGGAAAUCCACAUAAAUGGCAAGCUAACCAAAGAGGAAACUCCUCUUCAAUUGGGAAAACACCUUCUUCCUCAAUGAAUCAAAACCAAUAUGGUAGAGAACAACAAAGUCAAUACCAUGAAAACCAAUAUGGCUGUCAAUUAAGUGAACAAAAUCAGUAUGGGAAGACUGGUCUCCAUGGCAACAACAGUUGUUAUUUUCAAGGUGGUAAUGUUCAAUCUGUAAAUCAGAGUAACCAAUAUGCUCAACAAGAUAACCCUGGUAAUAAAUAUAACAAUAGAGGUCAGUUUGGCAACCAGGGGUCUCAGUUCAAUGGUAACCAAGGCAACCAGGUGUCUGGAUUUAAUGGCAAGCUAAACCAACACAGCGAGAGGUUUGAAUUCAGUGGAAACCAAGAGAAUCAGGGAUUUCAAUACUGUGGUAACCAAGACAACCAGAUGCCUCAAUUUAAUGGUAACCAAGGGAACCAGAGGUCUCAACUUAAUGGUAACCAAGGCAACCAGAGGUCUCAAUUCAAUGGUAACCAAGGCAACCGGAGGUCUCAAUUCAAUGGUAACCAAGCCAUUUCGAUGUCUCAGUUCACUGAUAACCAAGGGAACCAGAGUUCCAGAUUCAGUACUAACCAAAGUGGUAACCAUGGCAACCAGAGAUUUCAAUUCAGUAACCAAGGCAACUCUCAAUUUAGUGGUAACCAAAGGGAAAGUAUUCAGGGUCAACCAGGUUCUUCAAGUACUAUGGGUGCUCCCUCCAUUUGUGCCCCAUCAACAAGCUAUGGUCCACCUUCUAAACAUGGUCCCCCAACAUUUGCUAGCCCUGCAAAGGGUUUAGCGAAAGGUCAAGCUGUCACUCCUGGUAAAUACAAUGCACAGUCCAAUAGAUCUGACUCCAGACCCAAUAACAAACAGAAUAAAGCAGCAUCUACUACUUGGGGACAGAAACCUGAGAGAGACCAGUCAAUGAGAAUUAUAACAGCUAACAUAUCUGGUAUGAAACACUGGGCAAAGUACACCAAAUAUGGACCAAUACUGUUUGAGCUAUAUGGUAUAGUGGACUCUGCUACCUCAAUGUCUAAUGGAGCCAAGGAGUUCAAGUUGAAGGAUGAGAAUGACAUUGUAAGAUGUUCAUUUUAUGAAAUAGACAGGCAGUUGCCAAAACUUGUGAGGGGUCAGUGGUACAGGUUGGUAGGCAACUUUGAGUUAAAGUCUGAUGUGAUGAAAGUGGUCAGUAUCAGAGCAGCAACCAAUGGGGAGAGGAAAAACAUGAAGAGUGAUGUAGCAGCAGCAGAUAGUGUCAUGAGAGCGAGGGUGGCGGAUUUGACGGAAUCUUAGACUCAAACUGGUUCUUAAUCCAGUUUUGCAAUUCAGUUGAACUAUUGCGCCCUGGCCAUGAGUGUAUAUUGGCGCAUAAUGAUGGAGCAUCAUAAUAAGGAUUGAAAAUUCUCCAGAGUUAAGACCUUAGACAUCACGGUACACCUUGGCAUUAGCUAGAGUAGAUGGUAAAAUGGUGAAUGGUUAUACAUCAGUCUCUGGAUCAAUCCCCACUAAUAUCAACUUCAUGAGAUAAGGUGUGUAGGCGUGGGGGUUAAAACUUAAAAGGUGUUAAUGCAAAACUAUGCAAAAUAUCACAUUCAAAUUUUUUAAGAACAAUGGUAGCAAAGUGCUUAUAUCCUGCCACAAGUAUGUAUAUUGAACUUGACUGACCAGUCCAGUAAAUCUUGCUACCCAUCGGUUAUGAUGUCAUUCUAAUUUUCAUGCAGCAAGAGAAUUGAUGUGUUGCUAAUUUUCAAUAAUCAAUUACAGUUCUGUUUACAAACAUUGGUACCUGCGAAAUAUGGCAUUAUCAAUCUAGUAACCAAAAAUAUAGCCUAUUUUGAUUGGUUCACCAAAAAGGUCAGGAUUUACUGGAAAGGCCUAUUCAGUUUCAAUCUCUCUUUAAGUCUGAUUAGACAUUGUUUUUACACUGCUACUGUGAGGAUACAUGAGUAGUGCUGUGGCUGCAUUACCAGUGAUAUCAUUGAUUAUUAAACACUAAAAGGACUCUGCCUAUUACACCAUCUAUAUCACUUAAUAGAUUUAUAUGGAUUCAAUGAUGUAAAAAUGUUUAACAGUUUAAAGUUCAUGUUUAAAUUCAUGUUAUUGGUCUAUACUAAAUAUUGUGAUGUUUUACUUUAUUCCAUUCAUCACUUUCAAAUAUUAGAGACUGCUGCAAAAGAUCAAAGUAGAAUAGGCCUAAUAAAUAGACUCCUCCCCUAAUUAGGCUCCUUCCCUAAUUAGUCAAACUCCUCCACUAAUUAAUUAGUCUCCUCCCCUUAUUAAUCGAACUCCUUCCUUGAUUAGACUCAUCCACUAAUGAAUCAGAUUCUCCCCUAAUUAAUCAGACUCCCCCUUAAUAAGAUGCCUCCCCUAAUUAAUCAGAUUCCUCCCCUAAUUAGA